CUUAAUACACAGACAGGAAAUGAAUGGAAGGGUAUUUCUCAUACAUCUAUAUUUAAAAAACCUAAAGCUAAUGUUCUCAUUACUCUGGUAACAGAUAAUAAACAUAGUUCACCUGUAAAAUUAAAUAAUGUAGCCAGUUUUCCUGUAUUAGAUGAUUUUUUGGGUAUUAGUAUGGAGGAUGUGAGGAAUAAUUUACAGAGGACAUUUUUAGAUCAAGAUCCUCUAUCAUUAGACAUGUUUACCGAUACUAACUUAUUUGAUCUACAAACAGAGAAUCAAUUUCUACGUAAAUUACCGAAUUCGUUACGUAUGAUGAAAGAUCGUCUACUAGAUUCUGAUUCCAUUAUACAGAAGAUCAACCCAGGAUCACUGAAUUCCAGCAUCGGUGCCGAUUCCAUGUUGAUGGGAGAACUUCAGAUGAUAGAUGAUGUUCUUAAUACUUUAAAAAGUAAUGACAAGGCAACCAAGUCUAAAAGUCCAGAUCUACUGAGUUUCACAAUCACAGGUUUACAUAAAGUAGCAGAGAAACAUGGAGCAAGUUCCGAUAAAACAAACGAUGCAAAUAAAAUGGUCACUGAUUUUAUUCAUCAUGCCACAGAUGAAUUUAAGAAAUUAUACAAAGAUAAUGUUGUAGUAGAAGUAUUGACCUUGACCCCUCAGAAAGGUCAGAUACGUAAAGUUAGAAGUUUAUUAGCAUCCACCGAAGCACCUAGUACGGGAGGUCUAAAGCUAAACUUAGCUGAUGAUUACGACGAGAAUUUCCCAGCCAUGUUUAAUAUUGUAUUAUGGACUAUGGUGAUUUUAGCGAUAGCUGUAUACAUCAUCAUUUAUGGAAUGUGGUUUAUUGAUCCAGGCCGAGAUAGUAUCAUCUACAGAAUGACUAGUCAAAGAUUGAAGAAAGAUUAAAUUUAAUAGAAUUAAAAUGAAACCUAAUUUAAUUUAGCUCUUUGAAUAUUAAAUUCUAUUAGGUCUCGGGUCUGUUUUACUAAGCUUUGUAAGUAAUCAAAAAGUAUGAUUUUUAUAUUUAUGCUAUUUAGUGAAACAGGCCCGAGAUCUUGAAGCCAGGAAAGUUUUGUGAAUUUUACUCAAAUUUUGUAACCCUUGCUAUGCUGUUAUUUUGAUCAGUUAUGAUAAAUAUGUCAAAAGGAAGAGAAGGGUAUUCAAUAUUUUGUGUAUUAAUUUCUGAGAAAAUCUUAAUAAAAACCAGUUGAAAUUUGAGUAAAUAUUCAACAGAGUAUAAAAGAAACUUCUGGACACCAAGUCCAAGGACCUUAUUCAUGAAAUAUUUUAAGGGUGCAGUCAUUUCAUUGGUUUAGGUUUAAAAUCGCUAAACAAAUUUUAGCUCUUGACCAAUGAAAUGACAGAAAUAUUAAAAAUGUUUUAGUUUAAAUUUUCAUGAAUGAGGCCUCGGAGCAAAAUUGUGUAUGUGAGAAAAACAAAUUUGAAGAUAUCGUAUUUAUGAACAAACAAUUUGUGACCGCAUUUUAAUAUGUAAAUAGGAUAAAAGUUUGAAUUUAAAUCUCUAGCCGUUUAUUCAUUAGAAUAUAGUAACAGCAAUUAAAAUUUUUAUGUUAAUUUGAAUUCGUAUCUCUAGAGUACAACACCAUGCUGUUUCUUCAUUAGAAUAUAGUAAUUGCCAAGUAUUUGUAUAUGCUCGAACAAUUUAUAAUCGCAAUUAAUAAUUUUAUGUAUAUUUUGGAGAACCUGCCAGAUGUAUAUCAUUAAAGUCUCUGAUCGUCAUUGGUAUUUUUCGGAAGAUGUCAUAUAUUCCAUGGCUUAAUCCACGCUUAAAUUUACUUGAAUUGAUAAUUUUACAUUUAAUUAAGAAAACUAAAUUCAAAUAUCAAAGGUAUCUAAACUCCCGGCUUGGAUUCAAUCGGUUUUAAAAGAGGCCCAUCAAAAGAUUGAAGCGAAGAUUACACAUGAUGCUGGUUUUUGACUAUAUCCCAUUUAUAUCAUCUGUAGAGGAUGCUGAAUAUUGCCAUAUUUUUAAUUCAUCAUAUCUUUGUAAAUACUGAAUUGAAUUUGAACUAUUUUUGGGUUGAUGUUGUAAUUUGCAAGGGAUGUGUUAGUUUACAAGGGAUGUGGUAGUUUGCAAGUGAUGUGGUAAUUUGCAACUGAUGUGGUAAUUUACAAGGGAUGUAGUAGUUUACAAGGGAUGCCUCAAUCCUUCAAAUGAGGUUCAGAGACUUUAAAGGUUGUGUUUAUUUGUUGUAUUGAUAUAUGUAGGAUAAAAAUCAUCUUCACCAACCAUAGUCAAGGUAUCAAGAAUUAUCAGAUGAUGUUUGUAAUACCUUGAUGUGAAGAUGGUGAAUAUAUGAUAAAAGUAUGUUUUUAUAUCUAUAUAUAGGUAACCUUGGAAAUCUAUAAAGGGCAUGUAGCCGUCCCAGAUUUCUCUCAUGAAGCUACUAGAUUCGUUCUUAUGUGAACUCAUCAGACUAACAUGUAAGUGAUAUUGUGAGGCUGUCCCCUUUAUAUAGUCAUUAUAUAGGUAAUUAAAGUUACUCUAUGGCUGUGAUUGUAAUAAAUUAUGUAUAUUAUAUAUGUGUGUUAUGUAUUGUAAAUCUAAAUAGGGGUGGACUGGGAUUCAGAUGCAGUUCGAAGACCCAGAAGGGGGCCUCGAUUUUAAAAAAAUUCAAAAAUUCCAAAUAAAUCAAAUUUAUCUUCGCAUCCAGAGGAGUAAGGGGCCCAUCAGUUCAGAUUUGAAAAAGGAAAAUUCAAAUGAACAGAACCGAGGAAAAAAAUGAUCAAUACAUGAGGUGUAGAAAAAGCUAAUCAAGCUAGUUUCAUUUUCUCAUCAUGUCACAUAUUCUACACUGGGAUAGGGGGCCCAAGGAAACCUGCUGCCCAGUCCACCCCUGAAUAUUAAUACCUGCUGCCCAGUCCACCCCUGAAUAUUAAUGUGAUACAAUCAUGACAUUUAGCUAUUAAUUGUUUCAUAUUUAAUCCAUUUAAUGUGCGUGUGUGGUAACAUUUCUCUUGUUAGAUCUAUUUUCAAGUAAUAAUUAAGCUCAAAUUGAAACACAAAUCCCCUAAUCUUGGUUUUUAUUCAUAUUAAUAAAGUUAAUAAAUUGUUAUUGAUUUGUGCCGGACAUUUUGUCUGGAAUAUGUUUAAAAAACACAUUCCAGAAUAAGUUUUGGUGAUUAUCGUGAGAAAAAUUUCACUUAGUGGACUACAGUGUUUACAUGUAUAAUAUGAUAAUAGAGUAUGUAUGUAUAUAUAUGUUUACAGGUUAUUAGAUUAGAUUUCUCUCUCUGAACGACAUAUAUUGUAAAAUAUCAAAAUUAAUAAACGUCCUGAAAAUUAAA